AUGACGAGCCCUGGUGAGCUCUUGGAUGCCAGCUGGCAGUCUCUGGACUGCCCAUCGUCAGAGCUGCGCCUGGAGUUCACCCUCCCCACAGGACAGUCGUUCAGGUGGCGGAAGACUGGUCCUCAGGAAUACACCGGAGUCAUCCAGCAGCGCGUGGUGCAGAUGCGGCAGGAGGAAGACGAUGUCCUGUUCAGAGUGCUGGCGAGGGGUGACGGGGCACUACCGGGCGAGGAUGCGGCCGCGCUGCAUGACUAUUUCAAUCUGGGCAGCCGCAUGGCUGACCUGUCUGCGCACUGGGCCGAGCGUGACCCCCGCUUCCGCAACAUCCACCCCUACUUCCCAGGUGCCAGGGUGCUGAGGCAGGACCCGGUGGAGUGCCUGUUCCAGUUUGUGUGCUCCUCCAACAACCACAUCUCGCGCAUCCACGGCAUGGUCGAGCGCCUCUGCCGCACCUAUGGCACGCCCCUGCCUGACCUGUCAUUCUAUGCGUUCCCAACGCUGGAGAACCUGGAAGAGGCCACAGAUGAGGCGCUGCGAGCUGAGGGCUUUGGCUACAGGGCCAAGUUUAUAGUGGGCAGUGUGGAGAUGCUGCUUGAGAAGGAGGGGGGCGGUGCAGCCUGGCUGCAGCAGCUUCGGCAGGUCCCCUACCAGGAAGCAUCAGACGCGCUGUGCACGCUGCCAGGUGUCGGGCCCAAGGUGGCAGCCUGCGUGUGCCUGUUCUCCCUGGACAAGCAUGAGGCCAUCCCAGUGGACACCCACGUGUGGCAGCUGGCAACCAGAUACUACACCCCCAGCCUCAAAGGCAAGACGUUGACAAAGCCGCUGAUGGUGGCAGUGGAGGCAGCGCUGCAGGAGCGCUUUGGCAGGCAUGCUGGCUGGGCGCACAACACGCUCUUCAUCUCCGAGCUGGCCUCGCACCGCCACCUGCUUCCGCCACACCUGCAGCCC